GUUCCUCCAACUUUUGGUGUAUCAUCAUAAGUCCAGACAACUCUCUGAGAAGCUGCCUUGAUGUUCCUUGACUUUCCAUUAAAGGUGGCAUCAUUAAGAAGACCUGCAGAUUUAAGAUCAACGCAGAUCAUCAAGGACACAUUUUCUUGACUUUAAAACCAACGGAGCGUCUCUGAGUGCUGGCCAACAGAUUUGUUGGAUUAGCACAGAUUCAUAGUUUGUUUGGAUCUAGACAUGGAGCUAACAGGACAGAGCAAACCAUUGGGAUCUUUUCACAAAAUCCUCAGACUGGUUAUGUUCAGUGUUUUUAUUCUUGGAUGUAUUGUGACUGCCUUUUUCAUGUACUAUAAACCAUCCCCCACUUUGUUAAACCAUCUAUUAGAGUCAUCAGAUUGCACAAAGAACAUCCAGCAUGUUGAUACCGCAACCAAUGACAAAAACAUGACUAUAGUUCUUCUUUGGAUGUGGCCCUUUGGUCAAACCUAUGAAAUGAACGUCUGCAGCUCUGCCUUAAUAUCGGACGGAGUCGUCAUCCAUCACAGAGACAUUGCUGGGGACCUGUCCAACUUGCCAAAAUCACAGAGGCCUCCGUUCCAGAAAUGGAUCUGGAUGAACUGGGAGUCGCCGACGCAUACAGCCCGACUUCCCGGGCUUAAUAACUUGUUCAAUCUGACUCUCAAUUACCGUCGAGAUUCCGACAUUAAAGUGCCUUAUGGGUUUCUUGUAACAGCAGAUACUGUGGAGGACUUUGUACCACCAAGCAAAGACAAACUGGUCUGCUGGAUGGUCAGCAACUGGAGCCCUAAUCACGUGAGGUCAAAAUAUUACAAUGAGUUUAAAAACCUUAUUAACAUACAAACGUUUGGACGUGCCUUUAACAACUACAUCGCUGACAAAGAUUACAACCCUAUUAUGGCCAGUUGUAAGUUUUAUUUGUCCUUUGAGAACUCAAUCCACAAGGACUACAUCACUGAAAAACUAUACUUUCCCCUCUCUCUGGGCACAGUGCCAGUGGUUCUUGGCCCAACCAGAGAAAACUAUGAGAACUUUGUUCCAAGAGAUGCUUUUAUCCAUGUGGAAGAUUUUAAGUCACCCAAAGAGCUGGCUGACUAUCUGCUUCUUCUGGACAAGAACGAAGAACUGUACCUUGGGUACUUUAAAUGGAGACGGCACUUUAAAGUAAAUGUAGUCAAGUUCUGGGCAGAGCACACAUGUAAGGCUUGUGAUUACCUGAGACAGAAGAACGAAUACAAAGCAUUUAAUAACCUUAAUAAAUGGUUCUGGGGCUGAUGGACUAUGCAGCACUCAUCACCUCUUUAUAAUGUGGUACUCAGCACUUAGAGAAAAGUCAAACUGAUAAUUUAAUGGAAUAUUUACAUAAAGAAUGCAAGUAAGCAAAAGUGAAAAGGAAUGUAAAGUUAAACGUGAAGGUAAUUUUUUAUUUUUGGGAACAAUGUUUGUACUUUCUUUAGAUUAUAUUUUUACAUGUUUUUAAGUCAGAUUUGCAUCUUUAAUGCAGGAGAUAUGUCUCUGUUCAGUGUGUGAAGAAAUAUUGAAGCCACUUUCAUAAUUGUGCACAUUUUGUGAUAAGGAGAGCUGGAUUGUUAACUGAUCAAUCAAUCAAUGAUAAGUGAAUGGGAUUUUGUUUACAUAGUCCUUAGAUAGUCUUAUUAUUUGCUCAAAUUUGUUUCCUCAUAUGUGAACGACAUUGCUUUUUGUAACCACAAGGCAAAAACCAGCAAUUCUAAGAUAUCUGAUACCUUUAAGGUAAUAAAAAAAACUUUCACUAGUCUAGAAUUGAUCAAUAGUAAAUGGUGUGUAAUCCUUAAAUAUAGAUUAAUCCAUUGUCCAGCAGUACAUGAAAAGUUGAAAAGCCUCUCAAAAUCCUUCUUUAUACUUAAAAUAUUGUUUAGUAAAGGGUGUUCUUUCAGCAUUUUAAUUUACAUUUGAAUUAAAAGUUAACGUCAUAACUGACAGAGAAAGCAGAUCAGGUAAAACAUGCACCAAAGUGUUUCUAACAUCUCUGUAAUGCGAAAAAUAUUUACCUGAAUUGAAACUGAAGAUCCCAGCAGUGGGCAGAACUUAACACAAUAUCAUUGUUUGGUUAGAAGAUGCACUUCUUUUCUACAAGGGUCCGGUCCUUAUCCAGUGUGAUGAAGAUGCGACUGGAUUUUUGAAGAAACAAAUUGUGAUGUAUAUAUUUUUAAUAUUCAAAUUUUAUUAUAAGAGUGUGGAAAGCAAACGGAGCUGGGAUGUAACUUUGUUGGUGAUUCUUUAUACAAUUAAGAGGUUUUAGGUAAAAACUGAGAUACACUUUAGUGGAAAAACAAACCACAGGCACUGCUAGUAGCAUCAGAGCAUGAGGUAUUUUUUGUAUUAAAUGCAGAUGGCAGUCUGCUUUCAUUACCUUAUUGAGGAACUUGUGCCAAAAUGAGCUACAGAUUUUGGCCGGUCCAACAUAAACUUUUGUUUACAGUUCUUCCUGUAUAAAAACAAAGUGUCGUCAGUGUGUUUGGAAAUUCAGGGAAAAUAUACUGUAUUUUUUCUACCUUUUGUGGGUUUUGUAUAUUGUUAGAUGUGCUCUGACUGUGUAUGUGUAUGUGAACGGA